AUGAAUCAUUACCCGAAUGUUGUUUUAGUUUUGUUCAUGAUAAAAAUUAGUCUGUAAAGUACCAUUGCUCUGCCAAGAUGUUCUCCAGUGGUCCUAACUACAAUAAGCUAAAGACAAAUCUGCGCUUAGCGCUGAAUCGUCUCAAGCUAUUGGAAAAAAAGAAAUCCGAGCUGGCACAAAAAUCUCGCAAAGAAAUUGCUGAUUACUUGGCCACGGGCAAGACAGAAAGAGCACGCAUACGGGUUGAGCACAUUAUACGUGAGGACUAUCUGGUCGAGGCUAUGGAAAUGGUGGAAAUGUACUGCGACCUGUUGCUUGCUCGAUUCGGCCUUAUCACUCAAAUGAAGGAGCUAGACGCUGGAGUUGCCGAAGCCGUCUCCAGCCUGGUGUGGGUUUGCCCACGCAUGCAGGCCGACAUAGCCGAGCUGAGGAUCAUUGCCGACAUCUUUAUAGCUAAAUAUGGACCAGAGUUUGGGGAGCAUUCUCGAACAGCUACUGGCGAUCAUAAUGUCUCCGAAAAGCUCAUGCAUAAGCUAACCCUACAGGCACCACCAAAAUUGCUGGUCGAAAACUAUUUGAUUGCCAUAGCUAAAAAUUACAAUAUCGAGUACGAGCCGGAUCCACAGGUUAUGCAAGAGGAACAAAAACCCGAUGGGCAGCAGCAUCACCUAAUUGAUUUGUCGGAUCGCAAUAAUCUCAGCGGUGGCGGGGUUCCUCAUCCGCCACAAAUGGGCUUUAUUGGCUACCCGGCUGUGCCACCGUUGCCACAAAUGCCGGAACCACCAUCCACAAAGCCAUUUAACUAUCCACCAUUUGGUGGUGGUGGUGCAGCUGGCGGAGGUGCUGGAGGAAAUGCUUAUGCUGCUGGUGGCCACCAACCACCGCCCUUCGCUUACAAUAUUCCGCCCUAUCAGCCACCACCGCCCACCACGCCACCAAAGAAUGGCAGUGAUGAGAAAAAGGAUUUAAAUACGAAUUUCAUCAACCAGGAAACUAAUAAUACUGUGACGCCUCCAGAUGGUAGUCCGGAUGAAAAUAUUUUGCGUCCAAAACUACACAACGAUCCGCCGCCCCGCUACUCCUCAAUUAAUCCUGUAAACUUGCAGAAUGCGAACAAACCGAAACCCCAACCACGAUCAAAGUUGCCUCCCGGUGGUCCCUCAAUGCCAAGUGCACCACCACCUGCGGAAUUGCCUUCGCUGCCUAAUGUACCGCUCGAUUUGCCCGAUGUACCCGGUGAUGAGAAAAAAGACGAUGAUGAAAUCGAUUUUGAUGACCUUUCACGUCGUUUUGAGAAUCUGAAGAAGCGCAAAUGAGGCGACCCCAGCCGCACCUCGCAUCUUAGUUUUGCUCCGUUAAUAAGCUUACAGUGUAACCGUUAUGUAUUCAAAAUUAUGUCAACUUAUAAACAAACAUAUUAUCACUUAAAA